UCUUGUUUAUUCUGAGCCGGGUCGGUGGAUACUCGGAGCCCCAUUGCCAAAGUUCAGUACUGAGUACGUCAAUGGCGAUUACUCAAAAAGUGAAGAGCAAAUUAACAAUGGUGAUAUGAUCCGAACAGUGACGGAGGUCGGAAGAAUGACCGGAGGAGCUUUAUCGGAAUGUAUAUUUUGCCAGAUUGCUACCUCUUCAACUUCAACCACUCUCCUUCACUCCGAUGAUAAAGUUGUUGCAUUUCAAGAUAUUAAUCCCUCUGCCUUCAGGCAUUACUUGGUAAUUCCAAAACAGCACAUUCCAACUGUCAAAAACCUUCAGCGAAGCUCAGACGACUUCUCCUUGGUGAGUCACAUGUUAGAUGUGGGAAAGAGUCUGCUAGAUAGGGAUGCACCUCAGUCAAAGCACUACAGAUUUGGUUUCCAUCAGCCUCCAUUCAACAGUGUAGAUCACCUCCACCUCCACUGCUUCGCGCUUCCUUAUACUCCAAGCUGGCGAUUUAUGAAAUACUUAUCAUUGGGGCCUCUUGGUGGAUUUAUAGAAGUUGAAAAACUAUUGGAGAGAAUAAAACCACCAAUUAUUCAUCCCUCAUCAAUGUAACUGGCUCUGGAUUUGCGGUUUCUAAUUGACAAAAGAGUAAGUAAUCUGCUGAUUAUUAUUCAUUUAUAUACACAAAUCCUAAUAGAUACAAAUACUUGGUGAUUUCUUUUCAUCUAUCGACUAUCAUAGCCUUGGUGGAUAGAACUAUCUAAUACAUAUUAUUGUUGGUGGAAGGUGAAAGGUAAUUCGUGAUCUGGUUUUUCUGCUUUUUGCGGAGAGCCACACUGUAAUUAGUUGGCAUGUGUUACGUUUCACAAGUAAUGAUGAAACGUUUAUAUGGGAGUCCGAAGCCUAAAGGUAUAAAAUAUUAACAAAAAAUUCAAAACGGUAUAUAAAAUUUUAUAUUAACCAAAAUGGCAAAAUCGCUUGAACAACAACGGUUUUGCUUUUUCCGGUGGAGUAAAUCGUUGUUGUUCCAGCGAUUUUGCCAUUUUGGUUAAUAUAAAUUUUUAUAUAUUGUUUUGAAGUUUUUGUUAAUAUUUUAUACCCUUUAGGCUUCGAACUCGUUUAUAUGGAUUCUAUAGUCCAUUAGCAAUUGUCAAAAUGAGUUGCAGAUACUUAUCUUAUGUAAUUUUUAUAAAUAAUUUAUAUCAACUUUUACCUUU